CAUUGUCUCCGAAACACCCAACCUCUCGGUGACAACCCAAUAAGAAGAACUAAGCCAGAAAGAAAGAAAGAAAGAAAGACCAAAAAGCAGACCAGGUGUGAUCAGUGAUCACUAGAAAGAGACCUACAACCUUUCCUCGACCUUUAAAUCGAACCCUGGGUGGUUGAGCUAAAACCACACCACCGUUCCCCACCUACACCUACUGGCAUCACUCCCGGUCACCAAGAACGGGUGUGUCGGCGUCCAUGGUGUUCUGCCCGUGUUACUCCAUCGCUAGGAUCUCAUCUAAUCAAAGGUGAUUCUCGCUCGAUUGAUCGCUAUUAUGGCCAUGACCAAGUUUCAAAUUCGGGUCAAGACCCCGGGAGGACCUAAGGUGUUGUCGGACCUCUCGGCACAGAGCACCAUCCAGGAUCUCCUGCUGGCCAGCGAUAUCCCGGUGCGGUCUGGGUCCGAACUGAGUGGCGUGCGACUCCUGCACGGGUUUCCGCCCAAAUCUUUGAGCAUGGAUCGCUUGGAGCAAACGCUCCAAAGCCUGUCCAUCCGGCAUGGGGACUCGCUCAUCGUGGAGUAUCAGGCCGUGCCCGGUAAUGAUGACCCUUUGUUAGAAUAUGAGGGCGUGUUACUGCGGCAAGUGGUGCCGGCCAAUAACUCGUGUCUCUUUACUUCCAUCAAUUUCUGCCUGAGUGGUCAACUGGACUUGAGCAAAGCCGACUUCAUGCGCGAGGUCAUUUCCGCCGCCGUGUCCGGUGACCCCAAUAAGUACACCAGCGCCAUCUUGGGCAAGGACAAUGCGGACUAUUGUCGUUGGAUCCGGGAUGCGGAUUCGUGGGGUGGUGCAAUCGAAGCUCAAAUAUUGGCCGAGUACUUUGGCGUGGUCAUCACCGUGGUCGAUAUUCAGUCGGAUUUUCAGACCCAUUUUGGGGAAGCCAUUGGGUCCUCACAACGGAUGGUUUUGAUCUACGAUGGGAUUCACUACGAUCCGUUGUAUCGAGAUGUGGGCGGUGGUGAUAAGCAGACUUUAUUCAGCCUGUCCGAUUCGAAAGCCUUGAAAGAAGCCACGGUCUUGGCCGCCGUGGCCAAAACUGCUCGGCAAUUCACGGAUGUGGCCAAUUUUACAUUAAGAUGUUUGGUAUGCCAAACCCGCUUGAAAGGACAGACCGAUGCUCAAAGUCAUGCCAAGGAAACCGGACACACCAACUUUGGCGAAGUUUAGCUGGAAUAAAGAAAUCAAACUAGA